GUGUUGACGUCGAUCACUCACUUCGUUCAAUGGGCGUGGCGAUGCAUGACUGUUCACCCACACCAGACAGACAAACAGACAGACAGGCUGGCCGGCAGGCAGGCAGACAUAGUGACAGCCCCCCCGAGUACUCGUCUCAUCUCAUCUCAUCUCAUCUCAUCUCAUCUGCCGGCCGCCGGACAGUCAUCUAUCUCCCGGGGUGAGACAGGCAGCAUAUAAAUCAAUCAAAACUGUGAGUCAUUCCCUCACUCUCUCAUUCUCUCCUUCAUUCAUUCGUUCAAUACACAUGUUCGUAUGUAUGUCAUGUGAGGGGGGUGCCACGUGGCUGCGUGCACGGAUGCAUGGAAUUGCCACCGUGGCCCCCUCCCUACCUCCCUCGCAGUCACUCAUUCACCCACUCACCAUGACCAUGGAUGGCUAGCUCAGUGGACUUAGAUUCGACUCGACUCACUCGACUCGACUCUAUCGUUGGCCGUCAACGGCAUGCAUGGCAUGCUAUGUGUAUACGGAUGGCACGGGGCCAUAAAAAUAAAUAUACAAACGAACUGAUAGACAGGCAGGCAGACAGACAGACAGGCAGAUCCAGAAGGAUCACAGAUCACUGGCCGGCUGUCUCGCUGCAUGCACUCUGGCUACCCGCAACUCCCUCCCCUCCCUUCUCUCCCUCCCUGACUCGAUCAUUCACUCUAGCUGUGACGGCUCGACUGGACGAGCACUUUUCGCUUUCCGCACCUCUCUGUCGCUCAUGGAUGGAUGGAUGGAUGAAUGGAGGCUUCCAAGGCAUCCAUCCAUCCAUCCAUCCACGCUCUCCCCCCUUCUCUCCCUCCCGUCCUCUGCCCUCUCUAGCCCUCUCUCUCUACAGCAAUUACCGCAGCUACAGCUGUCUGUCUGUCUGUCUGUCUGUCUGUCCGGCUGGCUGGCUGCACCAAUCAUGGAAAAACACCCACCUCACCUCAACAUCGCUCGCUCUACACUGUACUACGAGAGAAAGAGGGACACACACACAGGCAAGCAGGCGGGCAGACACGCAGGCGGGUCGGGAGGCGGGCAGGGAGAAAGGCAGACAGCCAGACACACACACACACACACACACGACUACACAACUCCAACUCCGCCCGCCCUAAAUUCUGUUCACGAAUGCGUUCACACAUUCAUUGACACUCAGUCAGUAGAGACCAACCAAUCCACGAAUGGCGCCAAUCGACCGACCAUGCACUGUACUCACUCACCCCUCACCGCGAGCUGCCGCGUGUGGUCGCCAGCUCCGUCCUGUCAUUGGUGAGGAAUCUCUCCAGCACUUUCUUGGCGAUGGUCUCGACCACCUCCUGGUUGGUGUCCUGCGCGUCGCGGAACUUCUUGAGCGUCAGAGUGUCGCCGUCGGCCGUCACCCCGUGAGCCAUGUUGUCGACCAUGCAGAUGCAGGCGUAAUCCAGGUUGAGCUCCUGCAGCAGCGUCAGCUCGCCAGCGGUGGUCAUGCCCACCACAUCGCCAUAAUCCUGGUAGAAGCGGAUCUCCGACUUGGUCUCGAAUCGCGGACCCUUGCUCUGCGUGUAGCAGCCGCCAUCGCGGAUCGUCACCUGAUAGACCAGGCAAACAGACAGACAGACAGACAGACAGGGUGGUGACUGUCGUGUGUGGUGUGGGAUCGUAUGGCUGUGUCAUCCACUUACCCCCUGCAGUUCCUCCGAAUCGUGGUGGAGCAGCUCCAGUAAUUGCCGCCUCAUUGGUGUGUCAAGGGAGGGGAUAAAAUGCGCCUUGUGGUCUGUGUGGUAGCCAGGCAGACUCCACGGAGCAAAAUAGUCGUCUGCAUCGGUCAGUGAACACCACACACACAGAAAGACAUUGAGAUGAGCACGUCAGGAGCGCCUGUGUGUACACAUAUGGCACAUCGCUUAACGUACUGGGUAUGAGUACGGUGCCAAUGUGAAUGUCUGGCUUGAGUGAUCCCACACUCGAGAAACACACCACACGCGUCACGCCGAGCUUCUUCAGGGCACCGCACAGCGCCCGCCUGUUGAUGAGAUGCGGCUGCGUGUAGCUGAUGCCCACACGACAGACGAAGGAAGAAGAAGGGCAGGCCACGACAAACAAGAGUGGGCUUACGAGAUCUCUGCAUUGCCGUGUGUCUGUCUGCAGUCACCUGGUGUCUGGGUCUGCAUUAUGGCGCUGAAUGAAGGCGCAGGUCCUCUCGCGGUUCACAUGGGCCUUGACUGUCCACGAACCACACACACGCACAGAAACACACACACGUGUGCCAUUUCCAUCAGCGCAUCCUGCUUGCUGUCUACUGACGCCUGGUACCUCUGCCGUGUUCUGUCCUGACGAUUUCUUCCUGGAACUCUUUGAAGAGUGGCGUGUUCCAGAGGCCCGAGCCGCCGAUGAUGCCUAGCAUCUCGUCUGACCGCGGCGAGACUGUGAUGGUCAGGCUCUUGUCGGUCUCCAUCUGAGCGGUCGGACAGCUGGUGCAGCUGCAGCCGUUCAUCGUGGAAGGGAGAGACUCACUGCACGCCUUGCAAAUCCCACACGAAGCCUCAGAUCUCGGCACGCAUCUCGUCUGCAACGAUGAGAUAUGGACAGAGGGGAUAGCCCUUCGUUUGCUGCGA